AUGCCAGAAAUAAACCAAAAUAGAUUAAAUAUUUCAGAAUCUCAUGUUGAGAGCUUCAACACAUUUAUUGAUCAUUAUUCUUUCAAUAUGGUCAAUAAUAUACCUCCAGUUUAUAUCACACAUAAUCCAGAUCCAUUAAAGUCCUUUUUAAACCCAAAAGAUAUACCUUACUAUUUAAAAGUUAGUAUAAUAUCGCUAAAAAUAGGAUAUCCAACAAGACCAGGCUCAGAAUGUAUAGGAACAAGCCAGAAGAUGUACCCAAGGCACGCAAAAACAACCCAUACAACAUAUGAAGCUCCACUGAUCGUGACGUUCGGGGUCAAGUUUUUCGAAUCUGAAUCUAUAAUCACAAAGGAAGUACCAGUAGGACAUAUUCCGAUAAUGGUCAGAUCAAAUAGAUGUAAUUUGAAAGUAAAGUUCGUUGAUAAAAAGUUUACAGGUUUAUCUGGAGAAGAGAUGAUCAAACAGGGAGAAGAUUUAGACGAACCAGGAGGAUAUUUUAUAAUUAGAGGAAAUGAAAAGAUGAUAAGACAACUUAUAGUUCCAAGAUCCAACUAUCCAAUCGCAUUUAAAUCGGAAUCAAAUUCACAAAAGAAUGUUUUAUUCACAGAAUACUCAAUAUUUAUGAGAUGCCAAUCGGAUUUGGAUGGUACAUGCGUCUCUAACUACCUACACCUAACAAUCAAUAAAAGGUGUAUGUUCAGAGUUAUCGUGAGGAACUCAGUAGUUCUGGUUCCACUGUUUUUGCUGCUGAGAGCAUUGUUGCCGUUAAUAAGCGAGGAUGAAUUCAAGCGAAAACUGUUGGAAAACUGCUCAAAUAACCAGGAAAUGACAAUACUGUAUCACAGAAUAUUCCUAGAUAUGGCACAAUGUGACCCAGUACUAUCGGAUAUAGACUUUAUACAAAACAGGUACCUGUACCGGUUGGGGAAGGCUUGCUGGAAUCAAGUAAGCCAAUAUUUACACCCAGGCUCAACCUUUGAAGAAUGCGCACAGCAUCUGAUAAAAUAUUUCGUCAUUAUACAUGCAAAAUCUAACCUUGAUAAGUUCCGCACACUACUAUUCAUGUUCAAUAAAUUAGUCAACUUGUCGAACGGUAAUAUUCAGAGUGAGAGUUAUGAUUCAUUUGCAUUCCAAGAGAUCAUGCUAGCAGGACAGUCGUAUUCAUGUAUUUUGAAGGAGAGCCUAUACCUCUGCCUGACGAGAAUAAGGACAGUGUACAACCUAGAAAUCAAUAAUUUUUUGAGUCAUUUGAAAGGUAAAAGGGGAUUCAAGAGGAAUUUUACAGGAGUGGGAAAACCUGAAAUUUUAGACCAGGAUUUAGAAGAGGAAAUGAUAAGAAAGUUUAUGAACUCAGUGAACCUGUUCAACUUCGCAAUUAACAAAGUAGCACCUGAAGUAACCAAAAAGAUACAUCACUUCCUAUCAACAGGAAAUGCAUUCAACACCCACUAUGAACUAAAUCAGAGUACAGGGUUCGCCAUUGUUUUGGAUAGGAUUAACUAUCAUAGGUUCUCAAGCCACUUGAGGUCAAUACACAGAGGGAACAUAUUCAUGAAGAUGCGUUCAACACAAGUAAGGAAACUGUUGGGAGAAACUUGGGGCUUCAUAUGUCCAGUACAUACUCCAGAUGGAGCACCAUGUGGUCUAUUACUGCACCUGUCACAAUAUGCGAAGGCUGUGACGACUCCAAACAAACCCUCAUAUCUUAACUCAAUCAAAUCAUUUCUAAAAUCACAACGACUGCAUAAUACUGGAUCAACAAAUAAAGUAAACGGAGGGAACGAUAGAAUACCAUUGGUAGUUGACGGAAUACCAGUGGCCUACGUUGAUGUGGAAGAAGUGGAGGAGUUUUACGAUAAGCUAAGGACGGCAAAAAACCUCGAGAAGUUUGGCAUGUGUAAACAUUUUGAAACCUGCGCAAUGCGAGAUAAGUUUGGAGUGUUCUCAUCGAUAUACAUCAUGACGUUUCCAGGAAGAUUGGUGAGGCCAGUAAGGAAUAUAAAGGAUAACCAAAUUGAGUUAAUAGGCCCAAUUACCCAGUUAUGGUCUACAAUAGCAAUAAACGAGUAUGAAUUGAAUAAAUCCCACAAUAAACUACUAAGUUUACAGUCGAACCCGAGUGCUAUGAAUAAAGUUCAAGUUCCAAAGGUUGUAAAGAGUCUAAAGGACAAUGAACUGGACAACUGCCCAGUUCUUUAUGAAUACGUGGAGUUGGAUAUGUGCUGUAUAUUGAGCCUAUCGGCGAGUUUGACUCCAUUCAGUAAUCAUAACCAAAGCCCGAGAAACAUGUACCAGUGCCAAAUGCUUAAACAGAGCGUUGGAAUCCCAUUCCACUCCCAGUUCUACAGAUCCGAAGUGAAAACGUAUGUGCUAACAAGCCUUCAAAGACCACUAGUUGCAACCAAGGAAUAUGAAAAGAUGGGAUUUCAAGACUACCCAACAGGAGUGAACUGUGUAGUGGCAAUUAUAGCACAUUCAGGAUUUGACAUGGAAGAUGCAAUGAUACUCAAUAAAGCUUCAGUAGAUCGAGGACUCUUUAACUCAUUCAUAUACAAGUCUAAAGUUGUUGACUUAAACUCACAAUACUCAAGUAACAAGGAAAGAGGUGGAACGGUCGAAUAUUUCAAUAACAUGGAUAAAGAUAGUAAACUAAUAGUCAAGAAACUGGAUUUCGACGGGUUGCCGAGACUGGGAGAAAAACUAACUAAAAACAGUCCAUUUUACAGAAUAGAAGAAAAGGGAAAAAACAAUAUAAUGAAUGAUAGAGUUGUUAAGUAUACAGAUGAACCAGCGAUAGUAGACCAAAUCACACUUGUGGGUAAAUCCGAUCUUACAGUGGGAGACAAAAUCAGUUGCCCAGGACUAAAACAUGAUAGAGCAAUAAUUAAGCUGAGAGUGUUGAGGUCGCCAAUCGUAGGAGAUAAGUUUGCGAGCCGACACGGGCAAAAGGGAAUCUUGUCAGCAGUUUGGCCCACAGAAGAUAUGCCUUUUUUAGAAAAUGGAAUUGUUCCAGACGUCAUAUUUAAUCCACACGGUCUACCAUCGAGAAUGACUAUAGGAAAGCUUAUAGAGGGAAUGGCCGGGAAAGUUGCCUCAAUUUACGGAAAGCCCCAGGACUCAACGUGUUUCCAGACGUAUUAUUCAGAAAACAAUGAUAAGGGAAAUGAAGAAAUGGAAGAGGUGGAUGUAGUUGAUUAUUUCGGGAAGAGCCUAAUUUCAGCCGGAUAUGAAUACUAUGGAACGGAAUCGAUGUACUGUGGAACGUUGGGAACUGAGAUACAAACACACAUUUUCGUGGGUCUGAUAUACUACCAGAGGCUAAGACAUAUGGUCUCAGAUAAAGCUCAGGUGAGAGCGACUGGACCAGUGGAUACGAUAACGAAGCAGCCAGUAAAGGGAAGGAAAAACCUUGGAGGUAUAAGGUUUGGAGAAAUGGAACGAGAUGCACUCAUAGCACAUGGAACAGCAAAUUUGCUUCAAGAUAGACUUCUUCACUGUUCGGAUGCGCAUAUGGCCUACGUUUGUCCUAAAUGUGGAUCUAUACUGUCACCGUCAAUAUCGUCCCUGGAGGCAAACACCAAACGCCAAGUCUCAAUAUGUACAAUAUGCCAAGUUAACUGUAAAUUGGUAACAAUACCAUACGUCUUAAGGUAA